AAUUGUCAAAGUGAUUAGUGUUGUCAAAAGAUCAGUGAAAAAACCUUUAAACAUGUCUCAAAACUCAACCCACCUCUUCUACAAAUCGUUUUUCAACAUCGUAGUGUGCGCCGGAGGCGAAGACAAUAAAAAGGAGUUAUGUUGCCCUGCCAAGGCUCCUAUGAUUAUACCGUUGGACAAAUGCACGGCGAAGAAAAACAAAUGCCCGCAACCGCCGGAAGUAGCCACCUAUCCAGACAUACCCAGAAUGCCCAAUUGCGCCAACUGUGAUGAUUUACAAUGUCUUCCUGAAGAACCUGUAUGUUCUGUACCAGACGAAAUUCCAUAUUGCGAUGCUACCUGCUCUCAACUACCAUGUAUACCCAUCCAGAAAGCUCCAGAUACAAAAUGUCCACCGAAAAAAGAAAAAUGCGAAAAACCAUGCGAAGACGUUAAAAAGAAAGAUAAAUGUGGAACACAGCGAAAAGGAUUUUCACUAUUUGGUAGAUGAUGCAAGUUUAAAUGAUUUAUUUUGCAGUAACAUUGAUGAUAAUACGGUGGUUAUCUAUUCUUUUUAAAUAAUACAAUCGCUUGGCAA